AUUUGACCAUUGUUGAAGGUUUUGUAUAUAAGAAGUCAAUACAACAUUGACCAAAAUAUUAACCAGCCAGCCAGAGAAACAGAAUCCUAACUAUUUCUGAGGAAACUGACUUGGCAACAAGCAUUUUGAGAAAUUUAUUCUGCCCUUGAACAUCUUCGAGCCCGUUGGGGUGUUCUCCAACGCAAUCAGCAGGUCCAAAAUGUGGCUGCUUUUAACAAUGGCAAGUUUGAUAUCCGUACUGGGGACUACACAUGGUCUCUUUGGAAAAUUAAAUCCUGAAAGCCCUGAAGCAACUAUGAACAUUAGUCAGAUGAUUACUUAUUGGGGAUACCCAAAUGAAGAAUACGAAGUUGUGACUGAAGAUGGUUAUAUCCUUGAAGUCAACAGAAUUCCUUAUGGGAAGAAAAAUUCAGGGAAUACAGGCCAGAGACCUGUUGUGUUUUUGCAGCAUGGUUUGCUUGCAUCAGCCACAAACUGGAUUUCCAACCUGCCGAACAACAGCCUUGCCUUCAUUCUGGCAGACGCUGGUUAUGAUGUGUGGCUGGGCAAUAGCAGAGGAAACACCUGGGCCAGGAGAAACUUGUACUAUUCACCAGAUUCAGUUGAAUUCUGGGCUUUCAGCUUUGAUGAAAUGGCUAAAUAUGACCUUCCAGCCACAAUCGACUUCAUUGUAAACAAAACUGGACAGAAGCAGCUACACUAUGUCGGCCAUUCCCAGGGUACCACCAUCGGUUUUAUUGCCUUUUCCACCAAUCCUAGCCUGGCAAAAAGAAUCAAAACCUUCUAUGCUCUAGCUCCUGUUGCCACUGUGAAGUAUACAAAAAGCCUUAUAAACAAACUUAGAUUUGUUCCUGAAUUCCUCUUUAAGAUUAUAUUUGGUAACAAAAUGUUCUUCCCACACAACUUCUUUGAUCAAUUUCUUGCUACUGAAGUGUGCUCCCGCCAGACACUGAAUCUCCUUUGCAGCAAUGCCUUAUUUAUCAUUUGUGGAUUUGACAGUAAGAACUUUAACACGAGUCGCUUGGAUGUGUAUGUAUCACAUAAUCCAGCAGGAACUUCUGUUCAAAACAUGUUGCAUUGGAGCCAGGCUGUUAAGUCUGGGAAAUUCCAAGCUUAUGACUGGGGAAGCCCAGUUCAGAAUAGGAUGCACUAUAAUCAGUCCCAACCUCCCUACUACAAUGUGACAGCCAUGACUGUACCAAUUGCAGUGUGGAGCGGUGGCGAGGACCUAUUGGCUGACCCCCAAGACGUUGGCCUUUUGCUUCCAAAACUCUCCAAUCUUAUUUACCACAAGGAGAUUCCUUUUUACAAUCACUUGGAUUUUAUCUGGGCAAUGGACGCCCCUCAAGAAGUUUACAAUGAAAUUGUUUCUAUGAUAUCCGAAGAUGAAAAGUAGUUCUGGAUUUAAAGAAUUAUCCAUUUGUUUUUCCAAAAUACUUUAUUGUCUCAUACAUAGUAUUUUCCUAAUGUUUGACAUGCAGUGCUUGUUUCUGUAAUUCUGACUUUAGAAAUAUAUUGGCAUCAACAAAC